GACAUCACCAACCCCCAACUUUGCUUCCCCUAUUUUCCCUCAAACCCAUUUCCCUCCCCUUUUGGCUUUGGAUCUGAGUUCUCUCUCUCUCUCUUUUCUUUCCCUCCAAAAACUGUUUUCUCCCUCGUUUACUUUGAUCCAACCAAACCCAUACGUUCGUUUUUUAUGAUUGUAUGUUUCAGAAUUGAAAUGGGAAUGCUCAUAAAGAAAGCAUGAGCAAGAACCCAAUUGGUAGCAAGAACAGCAAGUUAAACCACGGCGAUUUGACUCCAGAGGAGCAAGGAAAAGAGCAACGAAGAGGAGGGGAAGUAGUUGAAGUAAACGAGGAAGACGAAGAAGAAGAGUGUUUUUACGAAUCCUUUGACCGCAUUGCCGCUUCUAAUUCUUGUUCUUCUUCGAACUCAACUUCUCCUUCUUCUGACUCGGAUUCUGAUCCAAUUACCCGUUCGAACAAUGCCGACCACCCAUUUCCCGUCCCUAACUUUCCCAAAGUUGUUUCCCAGUUCGACAUCUGGAUCUCUGAACCCGCCUCCGUUUGAGAAAGAAGGACCCGUUUGCUACGUGAAAUGGGGCUCAGCCGCCACCCGGGUCUUUCCCCGGAUAAGACCCGGGUCAGAAACGGACGUCGGUGUGGGACGGGAAGUGGGUGGUUGUGGUACUUCUGGAGGGGAGUUUGGAAGAAGAUCAAUUUCAUCGAUUCGGUUGGUAAACAAAGAGUUCGAAGAGCAAGAUCGUGGAGGAGAAGAGGAGACCAGUUCUUCUGCAAUUGUGCGAUCGAAAUCAGAUGGUGAUUGUAGUGUAAAUAAUAAUUACAUUAGUGAAUGCAAUCAAAGUAAUGCCGCUGCUGUUAACUUGAGACUCUGCGAAAGUAAUGGAUCUAAGCCACCCACGGGGCGGAUUAGCAAGAGUUUCAAUGGGGGACUUGGCUUUAAAUCAUUUGAUGACGGGGAGGCUGUUGUGGUGGACGAUGAGAUGGAUUGCAGCGAACAAGUGUGCACCAUUAAGAACCUUGAUAAUGGGGAACAGUUUGUGGUGAAUGAGGUUAGAGAAGAUGGGAUGUGGAACAAGUUAAAGGAAGUUGGGACAGGCAGACAGUUGACAAUGGAGGAAUUCCAGGUUUUUGUCGGGCAUUCUCUGAUCGUUCAAGAGUUAAUGAGAAGGCAGAAUGUGGAAGAGGGUAAUAAAGAUAAUGCCGAUUCGAUUGUCAAUAGUGGGGGUGUCGGUGUCUCAAAGUUGAAGAAGAAAGGGGGAUGGUUUAAGAGUAUAAAGAGCGUUGCUAAUAGCGUGAAGGGUAAUAAGGAAAGGCGAAGCAGCGACGAGAGGGAUAACUCAUCAGAUAAGGGCGGGAGGAGAUCAAGUUCCGCCACUGAUGAUAGCCAGGAUGUUUCAUUUCAUGGGCAGGAGAGAGUGAGGGUAAAACAGUAUGGGAAACCAUGUAAAGAGCUCACUGCUCUUUUCAAGAGUCAAGAGAUACAGGCGCAUACAGGGUCUAUUUGGAGUAUUAAAUUCAGUUUGGAUGGCAAAUACCUCGCCAGUGCAGGCGAGGAUUAUGUAAUUCAUGUAUGGAAGGUUGUUGAAUCAGAGAGGAAAGGUGAUUUGUUGAUGGAAAAGCAAGAAGAUGGGAAUUUGAGCUUUUUGCUUGUGGCUAAUGGAUUGUUGGAACAGACUCUGUCAUCACCAAGUUCUGAUCUCCAUCCUGAGAAGAAGAGAAGAGGAAGGUCAUCGAUAAGCCGGAAAUCGAUGAGCCUAGACCACAUUGUGGUGCCAGAUACUGUAUUUGCGCUCACAGAUAAGCCUAUUUGUUCUUUUAUAGGACAUUUGGAUGACGUGCUUGACCUCUCAUGGUCCAAGUCUCAGCAAUUGCUCUCAUCUUCAAUGGACAAAACAGUUAGGCUUUGGGAUUUGACUAGCAAGAGUUGUUUGAGAAUAUUUUCACACAGUGAUUAUGUAACUUGCAUCCAGUUUAACCCGGUUGAUGAUAAAUACUUCAUUAGUGGAUCCUUAGAUGCUAAAGUUCGCAUAUGGAGCAUUCCUGAUUGUAAAGUUGUUGAUUGGAAUGAUCUGCAUGAAAUGGUCACCGCUGCUUGUUUUACACCGGAUGGCCAGGGUGCACUAGUUGGCUCGUACAAAGGAAGCUGCCGUUUAUACAAUGCUUCCGAGAACAAGUUGCUACAGAAAAGUCAAAUUAAUUUGCAGAAUAAAAAGAAGAAAUCUCAUCAAAGGAAAAUUACAGGUUUCCAGUUUGCACCCGGAAGUUCAUCAGAAGUACUCGUCACAUCUGCAGAUUCACGAAUUCGGGUUGUUGAUGGUUCUGAUCUGAUUCACAAGUUUAAAGGAUUUCGGAACACAAACAGCCAAAUCUCUGCUAAUGUUACGGCAAAUGGAAAAUAUGUUGUCUGUGCUAGUGAGGACUCUUAUGUUUACGUGUGGAAACACGAAGUAGAAUCAAGGCCUGCCAGAAAUAAAGGAGUCACCGAGACACGCUCUUAUGAACAUUUUCACUGUAAAGAUGUAUCAGUUGCCAUCCCUUGGCCAGGCAUCGGUGACACUUGGGGACUGAGAGAUACACAAUUGAACGAUCAGAAUUGCUUCGAUGACAAUGCCGAUGAAGUUUCAACAGCCAAUCAUCCUCCUACACCUAUUGAGGAAUAUAGUGGAAAUGAGGGUUCAUUAUCAGCAUCCGAGUGCACCAAUAUCCCUCUCCAUGGAACCAUUUCAAGCGCCACCAAUAGCUACUUCUUUGACAGAGUGUCAGCUACAUGGCCGGAGGAAAAACUACUUACAUCAACACGGACCUGGAACAGCCCCAAGGCAAGUAUGGACAUAUCUGGGGUUAACCCAAACAUGUCAGCCUGGGGUAUGGUGAUUGUAACUGCUGGGCUUAGAGGUGAGAUUAGAACUUUCCAAAAUUUCGGAUUGCCAAUUCGAAUUUAAUUGGGUAAGGAACCUCAAGGGUGGUGGGAAAUGAGUUUGAUCAUAUGUGAGUACAAUCCAUUUCUCUCCACCUUUGUGUACAGAGAGAUAUCGGUUGAGAUUUGUAAUAUUAGCCACUUUCAUUUCUUUGUUUGUGGCUAUGCUCACGAAUGUUGGGCAAAAUAUAGAUUAUUUUGACAGAAAAAGGAAGAAACUACGCCCU